AAUUCCCGACAGUGGGGUUAACAAAUAUAUAAAAAGUUUCAAUCACUUCCAUCGCCAGUCCAUCCAAAAUGUAUCAAAAAUCACUACUUUUCAGUGCCCUCAUCACACUUGGGGCCACCCUGGACGACCCCCGUCUGGCCAAAGUGCUCGACUACCAAUCAGAACGCACCUCAGUGGGUCAUUACUUUUUCCGUUUCGAAAGCAGCGACGGAAUAAUCCGGGAAGAGGAGGGCACCCUCCUCGACGAGAACAACCCGGAGUCUCCGGUCAUCGUCAAAGGCUCGUACUCGUACCCGGACCCGACCGGAAAGCUCUACACCGUGCGCUACAUCGCCGACGAAAACGGCUUCCACCCGGAAGUGCCAACUCCGGUCAAUUCUCCGGUUUUAAUCACCGGCCCGCGCCCCCAAGUCCAGUUCAUCCCGUCGACGCCGCGGCCCCGGAUUCGCCCGGAAAUCACGACCCCCACCCGGAUCCAAAUUCCGAUCGAGUCCACGACCCAGAAGACCUACAGCGACCUUGACGAUAAUAAACUGCAGGAGUCCAUAGUGGGGCUGCUGUCAAACGGACGAGGCUUUGCUGCCAACUAGCAAAUUGUUGACUGAUUUUGUUGUUACUUAGAGAGUUUAUUUUUUAAUAAAAUGAGAUUGAUUUGA